AUGGCGUCCAUCUGUCAUUACCCGAAACUUCUUGCAAAUGCAACCAUCUUAUUUUUAGUUUUAGUGUCCAGCAUUGUUGUUGCUUGUACUGGUCUUGUUGCCGCCCUUGACUCAGCCUUACUUGCAUCAGAAGGCAAGGCUUUGCUUGAGAGUGGAUGGUGGAGCAGCUAUGACGACCUCACUAAUUUGAAUCGAUGCACGUGGCCUGGUAUAGUUUGUAAUCAAGCUGGAAGCGUCGUUGAGAUUUCUCCACCUUCAGAGUCUCUCAAGGUUAGAGAUAAGUUCGGAAAGAUGAACUUUUCUUGCUUCUCAAACCUUGUCCGUCUCGACCUCGCCGAACAUCAGCUCAAUGGGACCAUCCCUCCUAAAAUUUCUACCCUUCCAAAACUCAGGUACCUCGACCUGUCUUCAAAUCAUCUAACAGGUAAAUUAAUAAACUUGAGAUAUCUUGAUCUUUCUGCCAACCAAAUCAAUGAAUCUAUCCCUGUGGAAAUAGGAAACUUGGCAAAUUUGGUUACGUUAGAUCUCAGUUUAAACAAUAUCAGUGGCUCAAUUCCCACUACUCUGGGAGAUAUCCUAUCAUCAUCUGCUCAGGCCAUUCAAUUGAAAGAAGUGUUAGAUCCUCGAUUGUCAAAGCCAACAAAUGAAAUUAUCAGACAAAACAUAUGUAUUAUUGCAACCCUAGCAUUUUCUUGCUUACAUUCGAAGCCAGAAUCUCGACCUUCAAUGAAAUUCGUGUCUCAAGAAUUUAUCAAUCCCAAAAGACCAUUGGUAGGUCUUGAGAUUUCUUUGCUGGAGCUGCAAAACUGUGGCAUGCACACAAAUGGUGAGAUCACAGUCCCUUGUUGA